AUGCUUUACAUUACAAUGUGUUGUUUGCAGUUCUGGGAGGUGAUCAGUGAUGAACAUGGGAUCGACCCAACAGGAACCUACCAUGGAGAUAGUGACCUGCAGCUGGACAGAAUCAGCGUCUACUAUAAUGAAGCUACAGGAGGUAAAUAUGUGCCAAGAGCUAUUCUAGUUGAUCUGGAGCCUGGCACCAUGGACUCUGUGCGUUCAGGACCCUUCGGACAGAUCUUCAGACCUGACAACUUUGUAUUUGGACAGAGCGGCGCUGGUAACAACUGGGCCAAGGGCCACUACACAGAAGGGGCGGAGCUUGUAGAUUCUGUUCUGGAUGUGGUCCGUAAGGAGUCUGAGAGCUGCGACUGCCUGCAGGGCUUCCAGCUCACUCACUCCCUGGGCGGUGGUACCGGGUCUGGAAUGGGUACCCUGCUGAUCAGCAAAAUCCGUGAAGAGUACCCAGACCGCAUCAUGAACACCUUCAGCGUGGUGCCUUCCCCAAAAGUCUCUGACACCGUAGUGGAGCCUUACAAUGCUACACUGUCUGUCCAUCAGCUGGUGGAGAACACAGACGAAACCUACUGCAUAGACAAUGAAGCCUUAUACGAUAUCUGCUUCCGCACCCUCAAGCUCACCACUCCCACAUACGGCGACCUCAACCAUCUGGUCUCGGCCACCAUGAGUGGCGUCACCACCUGCCUGCGCUUCCCCGGCCAGCUAAAUGCUGACCUCCGCAAAUUAGCGGUUAACAUGGUGCCCUUCCCCCGCCUGCACUUUUUCAUGCCCGGUUUCGCCCCUCUAACCAGCCGAGGCAGCCAGCAAUACCGCGCCCUCACCGUGCCUGAGCUCACACAGCAAGUGUUCGACGCCAAGAACAUGAUGGCGGCUUGCGAUCCAAGACACGGACGCUACCUGACCGUCGCCGCCGUGUUCCGUGGCCGCAUGUCUAUGAAGGAAGUCGACGAGCAGAUGCUGAACGUCCAGAACAAGAAUAGCAGCUACUUCGUGGAGUGGAUCCCUAACAACGUCAAAACUGCCGUCUGUGACAUUCCGCCUAGAGGUCUCAAAAUGGCAGUAACCUUCAUCGGCAACAGCACUGCUAUCCAAGAACUGUUCAAGCGUAUCUCCGAGCAGUUCACAGCCAUGUUUAGGCGCAAGGCUUUCCUCCACUGGUACACAGGAGAAGGGAUGGACGAGAUGGAGUUUACCGAGGCAGAGAGCAACAUGAAUGAUCUGGUGUCUGAGUACCAACAGUACCAGGACGCCACCGCCGAGGAGGAGGGCGAGUUUGACGAAGAGGCUGAGGAUGAUGCUUAAGGAGGAAAGGUGUUUGGGGAGGUGGUAGUGUGUCCAAGUUUGAGUAACAUGUAGCAAAACGUAUAUGGAACAAUUUUAGUGUCUCAAACAAAAUAGAAA